AUGGACAUGCCAACGCCCUAUGCACUGGUCCCGGGAGUCCCUUCACAAGCAGAAGGCGCCGACACCGAGCUCGUUCCCAACACCCCCUACCCGUUCCCGUACACUGGUGCCCCCGUCGAGACCCUACCUGUUAUCCAACACGUCAACUUUGCUGCUGAUCCAGCGCGCGAAGGUCGCAUCAAGCGUGAGCUCGUGCCGAUCCCGGCUUCGGAAGUGAUGCGGUAUCAUAGAGCAGUCAAGAUACGCAACAAGACCAAAACACACAUUAUUCCUCCGAACACUCAUGAGAUGCGCGACGAUGAUCGUAGUCACACACUAUAUCGAAGAGCAGGUUGGCAAUCCCGUGUUCACCCGGAAGGUGCCCUUUACUUCUGGCAUCCAGAGAUGAGAGCCUUCACUGACGCAAAUUUGAUCAAGAAAGGCACACUUGAGGCUAUCAUGCGCGCGAUUGCGGAUCUCCAGGCAAAGAUUAAGACGGAAAAUAUAAUUAUGCCGCCCCACUGGGAGCUCGUUCUCGAGGUUGCACAUUUGCGCAAGGCUCGGCAGGUUGGGUAUUACUUCGUCAAUCAUGGGAACCGGUGUUUGUUUUGGCUGCAUGAUUAUGAUGUCGCGCCGAUGCUGGGUAAUGUGAAGGGGGUAAAGUUUUACAGUCAUAUCAAGUAUGCUAUGGAGGCUCAGUUUUGGAUGCACGUCGAGUUCUAUCCAAAUAAUCGGAAAGUACCACGAAACAUCUUUGAGGAGCUUAAGGAAAUCGUCAUGCAUGCUUCUGCCGAAACCAUCACGUCCGACACGUCACUGGCGCCUUUUGACAAUGAGGAACUGACAAAGAUAUGCGAGCUCAUCGACCAUAUCGAAGGCAAGCAUCUAUUUUUGACAUCCGUGACCCGUAACUCUUACUCAUCCCGCGUACAUGCAGGAAGCAUCGACAAACCCUACGAGCACUCCAUGUGCAUAAUAGCACGUUUCAUGCGCAUGUUCGCACGCACCCGGUUCUUCAACUUUUGCGGCCAAAUAGGCGCGCGUCUGGAUGCCGACCAGACGGUGUACUACAGGGACAAGCGGCGGCGCUCCAUCCUGCUGCGCAUCAUGUCGCCAUUCCUCUUCGGCGCGCCGGACGUGCACAUGAAGGCGCUCAAAACGAUCUGGGUGGACCAACUCGUGAACCACAUCCCGUGGAAGAAGUUCGUGGAUAAGCUGAACGACGAGUGGAUGGGGUAUACUUUAUAUUCGACAGUUAUCUUGAACUCGAACGUGGCUUUUUUGGCGCUCAUGAACGUUAGUCCACAAGCGGACCAGAAUGCGCCAGCAAACACGCCGUACCCGCAGACUCCGGCGCAGAUCGCGAGCUAUGUUUCGACGGUUGCGAGCAUGGGCUCGGUCAUCGUUGGCCUGCUGCUGCUCAGGCAGAACCGGACGAAAGGGCGCGAGUCUGCCGAGGAUGCUGUGUACUUCAUGACGACGGUGACGAACACGAUGUUCGGAACUGAGACCCUUGCGAUCAUAUACAGCCUCCCGUUCGGUCUUUUGCUCUGGGGUAUGGUCUUCUUCGUCGUCGCAUUCUGCUUCCUCGCGCUGCAGCAGACGUCGCUCACCACGCGGGGCACCGUCGGUGCCGCGGGCGUGCUCGUCCUUAUCUUCGUCCUCUGGUCCGUCACUGCUGCGUGGGAGCGGCCUCGCUGGCUCACCGCGCACUACGGAUGGGAUCUCGUGUCCGAGUGGAUCAAGACGAUCGCGAAGCUGCUCGGUAUCGAUGCGAAAGCACGGUCCAGCAGAGGGCGCAGUAGAAGUCGGAGAAGAAGUCGGAGUCAAGCCAGGAAGGCUGGGCGGAGUGCCGCGGGCGCGGUGGCGGCGCCGAGUGCAGGGGCUAGUGGAAGUGCUAGUACUUCGGGGAGUGAUCAGGGGGAUACCACGACGGAGGUAGAUACGGAGUCGGAAAAUGGGCAGUCAGAUGAGGACGACGAUUAG